UAUAUAAAGGUAAGCAUUUCUGUGUUAUACACAGGUGCUAUUCUCGCUCUUCUCUUUCACGUCGCUUCCAGAUCCAAGGACUACAUAAGAUAAAAUGCCUCAAUUUGGCGGAGGAAAGAAAUGCGGACGAUGCGAUAAAUCAGUGUAUGCUAAUGAGGAAAUAAUCGCUGCCGGAACUUCUUUUCACAAACGAGGCUGCUUCACGUGCCGCGACUGUAACAAGUCACUCGACAGUAAAACCGUGGCAGAGAGAAAGGAAAAUAAUGAGAUUUAUUGCAAGGCAUGCUACGGACGAAGCUUUGGACCUAAAGGAUACGGUUAUGGUGGUGGUGCUGGGGCUUUAACCAACACUGGAAUUUAAACAUCAAUAUAAGAGCCGCGUCACGACAAAACUAACAUAGUGCGUUUGCGACCAGCAUGGAUCCAGACCAGCCUGCGCAUCCGCGCAGUCUUAUCAGGAUCCAUGCUGUUCAGUUUCUCUACUUGUUAUAGAGUGGGUAAGCGAACAGCAUGGAUCCUGAUCAGACUGCGCGGACCCAUUAUGUUGGUUUUGUCAUGGCGCGGCUCAUAAGAUUUUUUUCCGUGCACUAUUCAGUACAACAGUGAUGUUAGAGUAUUGCAAUUUUUUUUGUUCCUUUAUGUCUGUGCAAACUACUGAAUAUUUUCAUAUGUAUAAAGAUGUACGGAAGAAAAUGGAUAAAUUGCGGAACAUUAUUUGACAAGUGAGAAAAUCAGACAUUAGAAAACAGUUGAAAAGGAACAUGAAUACACGAAAUGUUGUUGUAGUCCAUUACAUAAUAUGCAUAUUCUAUUUUUAUGGAUUUUAAAUCUGUAAUUAACAAUAUAAAGACUGAAUACAAUAUGUAUAGGUGUAUUUAAUUAUAUUUUGUACUAAGGAAUCUAUAUUUAUGUUUUGUAUAUACAUGUACAGCAUACACGAAUAAUUUAAACGUUCUAAAGUACCUA